AUGGGUGCUCCAAAAUCAAGCGAGCUCCAAGUGAGGGAACCGAUGGAAACUUGCAGCGGCGAUGCGUCUUCUUCGACCGAAACAGAGGAAAGCGAAGGCGAAGGAGAAGAUAGUGAUUCGGGUUGGGAUAAGGAUAGCUUCGAUGGCCGAGAGUAUCAUUCCUCGGAUUACCCUGUGUAUUCGGACGAGGAACUUGAUGAACAAUGCCGUAACUACUAUCGCGCCGUCAUCGAAACCAAGGGUUUCUUUGAGCCUUCGGGAAAUUUUCCCCGUUACCACUGGAGUGGAAUUGUUCCAGUCCCAGGUGAUCUGGAUAAGAAAAUAAGGGAAGGCCUUACCGUUCGUCAGCUCAUGGAAAACAUGGCAUCUGAAUGUGUUGAAGAGUAUAACAAACGCGAGGCAACAUAUCACUUCUCUUUUAAUCUUUUGCUUUUGCCUAUUGAUAUAAUAAACAAGAAUGUGAAGUUGGACCAUUUCUUGAGGGCCAAUUUCAACCCAGGGGGAAGGACAAAGUACUACAUCACUUUUGCUGCAAGAGAGUCUGACUCUCCUGAUGCGCCUUUGGUGGAGUAUGAAGCUAAGGCGAUUCGGGAAGCAGGCGAGACUUAUCCCAUCCUAUGCAGACCCGCCAAAAAAGGGUGCCUUUUCUCCCAAGAAACCCUUGUCACAUCCUCUGGUUUUGUCUCUGGGCCUGUUAUGCUUUAG